AUGUCAACAGCUGACCCGGCAGUGCAACCUCUUGCUCUACAACCACCUGCGAAGCCCAAGAAGCCACUGUCCUGCAUCUCAUGCAAGGUCCGAAAACUGAAAUGUGACCACCAGAGACCGGCCUGCUCUCGAUGCGUGCGAAUCGAGGCCGAGUGCAUCUACCCAGAGGCUAGACGCAAGCCGACUCUCCAGCGAAAUAACGUCAAGGAACUGGAGGCUAGGUUAGCCCAAGUAGAAGGGUAUCUCAAGCAGGCUGGCCAAAGCAGUCUCGAUGUUGGCAAAAGCAAUCUUCGUGUUGACCCAGACAGCGAAGAUGUCAGCAAAUACCAACACAGUGAUACUGAAACAGUUGGGGAUGAUGAGGAAACCGGCCUUGAUGAGCAGAUUACUCCUCCUGAUGACUUGUUGACCCAGAAUGACCCAUUUAGUCGAGACGAGACUGCCGACAGAACGACUCAAGAAUCACGGUUGUCAUAUGAAACGACGGGCGUUGACGACCAAAAUAGCACUAACAAAUACAAGGACGAAGGAGAACAUUUCAUCACGAUACGGCAUGCUCAGGCCUGGGCACUCAUCACUUGCUAUGAAGCCAGAGCCAUGCUUUAUACUAGGGCGUCCAUGAGCGCCGCCCGAUGCUGCCGCCUGGUACAAAUGAUGGCUCUUGAUAAGCUCGAUAUCUCAAACGAUAAUGGUCCGGCAACCUUGGUCCCUCCAAUUGACUGGACCGAGUUGGAAGAGCGAAGAAGGGUCUUCUGGGUGGCCUUUUCAAUCGAUGCUCAGGGAAGCAUAGCGACUGGCUGGCCUAACCUCAUCCAUGCUGAAGACAUCAUGACCCGACUUCCAGCUAGCGAAGAAGCCUUUGCUUCUGGCCAGGAAGAACAAACGCCCUAUUUGGACGAAGCUCUGAAAGGCGCGCCCUAUGGCGGCUUCAGUGCUUCGCUCAUCCUUAACCACAUAUUGACAGCCAUCAUGUCUCAUGUCCACCUGAUAAAGCCAUCUGAUCACCCUGAAGAUAUCAUGAACGGCACGUUUUGGAAAAGGCAUCGUCGCCUAGAUAAUCAGUUGUCCUGCCUAUUUAUGUUUAUGCCAGAUAGGUUCCGCCUCCCCGAAAAUCUACGAGACCCUUUGGCUACCUAUAUCAACUUGAACUUUCACGCAUCUGUUAUAUGCUUGCAUCAUGUUGCCCUCGAGACUAUCGAGAAGAAUCAACUCGAUGACUCUUUAAGAAAGGACAGUCUAUGUCUCUUAAAGAAUGCUGCCGAGGAGAUUGUCAGCAUUGUUAAGAUGACGUCUCACCGUUCAUCGUUAUUUAGCAACCCACUAUGUGCAUUCUCGCUGUAUUGUGCUACUACGGUAUACGUGUAUUUGGCCAAGCAAGACCCAUCGUCUGAGAUAAAUCCCGCCGACAUGUCCAGCCUGGAGCUGAUCAUCAAUGCCAUGGAGGCCAUGGGACGCAUCCACAUGAUUACAUGUGCAUUUUUACAGCAAGCGUGUCUCGACAUUGAUAACAAUGGUCUCUCUGGAAGAAUCAAGCUCCCGAUUCUCUACCAAUAUCGCAAUCUCUUCGGGGGGCCGGCUUCAAACAUUCCGCUACUAGCACGAAGCCCAAUCUCAAGGCACACGCAAAUGAGCUCCCCAUUGCCUGGGCGGCUUCCACUAGACAAACCAUUGGGCCAGAGACGACCAAUGCAUCUGAGAAUGACAAAAUCGGUUCCAUUAUUGACUGGUGUAACAGCAAGUAUGAGCCGCAUGGGCAUUACAGACAGCUUUCGCCCUGCUCUUGGGGCCAUAUCCAGAAAUCUGACGCCUCAAUCCACCGACAAUGCACACAAAAGAAAGCGACAAUAUUCGAACUCUCAGUCAUCUUCAUCUCGAGUCAGUGGCUCAGUUGGAACGUACGCGGCCAAUAGGCGCACCGAAGAUGGAGAAUCAACUGGACACAAUGCGAUGUAUUCCUACAUGGCAACAAUGGGGCAACAGCAAGAAACCGUGGUGAGACCUCAGGACCCUAUGAUUGAUGGGGAUUUUAUGGCCCCUGGUCAGACAGACUCGCCCUCCUUUUCCUAUAUAUCGCUUGGUCAGCCAGUGGGCAGUGUGCUGGACUCUGGUGACAGCAAUACCUUUCCCGGGGCAGGACAAGGAACCUUUUCCGAUCAUAAUGAAGCCGACUUCCAGCACUAUCAAACCGAUACCCCCUUGAGAUCAUGGCAGCCCAUGGAUAAUGAAGUGUUGACUUUUUCUGAAACUAUGAGUUUUCCUACAGAUACAAAUUUGAGCGGCAAUCCGUUGGAUUUCUUCAACAAUGACUUUACUUGA